ACGCGGACACCGGCACGCUUGACGAUCACCUACAGCCUCGGCGAUAUAUUUAUAUACUCAGACGAGUGCCCAGAUAUAUCGUCACUGGUUUGGGCAACGGAAUAUUGAGCAAUUCUCGACCUGAUACCAGCAACAUGCACACAUUCGCCCUCGUUGCAUGUCUGGCCGCGGCCUUACGGCCAGUCCUCGCCGCUUCGUCCAACUUCCCUCCUCAAUCUUUCUUCCUGCAAGCCAAGGUGCAACCAGGCCAGAGCAGCAGCAAGUCCUCCUUCAACAACCUGUUUCUGCACCCUACCACGCAGUCGUCCACACUGGCCGUGCCCGCAUUGACGAAGCUGAAUGCCUACGCCGCGGCCUUGACGGCCGAGCAGAGCGCCCCAGCCACCGGAUCGAUGCCGGCGACGUACGACGUCUCCUACAACAAAACUACCAGCGAUGCCUUCUUGCUGACCCUACAAUACAACCUUGCACCUUUCGCUGCCUGGGCCCCGGCGAACUUUCUACAUAAUGGCACGUCGGCGCCGACGAGUCAGCAGAAUCAAUUUGUUUUCAACGGGACGGAGAAGGAUGCGACUCUGAUCGCGUCGUCGAAUAGUGCGUUCACGGGGUGGAUUGCCUGCGAUUGGUGGUACGGGGAACCGCAGCUCUUCGUCGCCAUUGCAGAGGAUGGCAAUAAUGCGCUGCCGUCGAGUUGCGCCGGGAUUGACUUGAAGGUGAUUCCGAUCCCUAAUGCCAGUUAGAUUCUGGGGUGGAUGAGUCUCAUGAAGCGGGGGGGAGAGCUUGUUGAGCGAAGCUGGUUGGUUCAGCAGCAUUGACAACAAUACCAUGUACGAAGGUACACAUUGCAUUCCACUAUCGAAUGGACGAUCCAAUAGUGCGUCGAAGCGACAAGGCUGCAGGAGGC